AUGGUCUUCCCCACCGCUGAGGAGCCGCUUAUUCCCCUUGUGUACUUUGCACAUACCAUCUAUGAAGCCGAAACAGAUCAGGAAUCGAAGGAUUUGAUCCUGAAGCACUUCAGCGCGGAUGCUAGUAUUAAAAUGAACAAAGACCCCAUGGACCGCGCCGCCUUCAUCGCCUUCGUCCUCGACUACCGCUCCAAAUUCACCUUCCUGGACUUCGAGUUCCACGAGGCCGUCUCCAUCCCCACCGACGACCAGGGCCGCGCUGGCACCGCCGGGUUUGGCAUGAAGUGUGAUCGUGCAGGUGGAGUGGCAGCCCGGUCCGAACCCGGGGGAUCCGCAUCAGAGGGUCAUUACCAAGGUUACGGGGGCGUUGCAGGGGCCGUAUGGGAUUCAUGA